GUUUACGGUAUAUCACCGGUGCAACCUCGUCAGUUGUCCGGAACCAGACGGCAAUCAGCAAUUCAAACGCUCCAACAGUAAUUUAACGCUGCAAAAUUAGCGUGCUUCGUGAAUUUUGUAGCCAUGUCUUUCGAACUCGCUUUUGGUUUUCGUGUUGCCUCCAUUAUGGAAACUUUGACAGAAAAAGCCGUGCAAGACAUCUGUCAACUUAUGGGAGAAACUUAUGCUGCUCUUCGAGUGGAAAUGUUGCAUGAACAAAACCAAAGAUCGAUAAAGUUACAGGCGAUUGAAAAUAACAUCGAGAAUGAGAAGCCAGCGAACUGCAUGGAGAUAAUUCAAAAACCAGCUUCCCCAACAGGUUUGAGAGACUUCCCAGUCGUGGAGCAAAUCCUCAAUGAACAAGAGGCCAAUGGUCUUUGGCUAGAAGGUGAUCCUACUGUGGAAGACGAGGGUCCACCGUCACUGGUACCAGAGGAAGAACAGCCAUUGCAGCCUUUUGGUCAGAUGACAGACAUGGGGGCGGAGACAUGGCCUGCACCACCUGUCAUAAAACAGGAGGAAAUGGAUGAUGGCGACAUGGAGUCUCAAGGUUAUGGCAAGGAGAUUCGAGACACUCACAAGGCCAACCAGAAUAUCACAGGAGAAAGUGAUGAGCCAGACAGAAGUCCAGCCUCUGGGGGAUCCAGAGAACUUGGACUCGACGACUUCAAGAGAGAACAGAGUCCGUUGCUGGUGUCAGCUGAGGAUGCGCCGGCACCCACGAAGAAGAAAUGUAAAAAAAGGUUUGAGAAACUUCCAAUGGCCAAUGGUAUUUGGCAAGAACGUGAUCCUACUGUGGAAGAUAAAAGUCCGCCAUCACUGGUACCAGUGGGAGAAGGGCAAUCACAGGCCCUUAGUCAGACAACAGACAUGGGAGUGGAGACAUUGCCAGUACCACUGGUCAUAAAACAGGAGGAUGAUGACAUGGAGUUUCUAGGUUAUGGCGAGUGGAUUCCAGAGACUCACAAGGCCAACCAGAAUAUCGGGGGAGAAAGUGAUGAGGAAGAGAGAAGUCCAGCCUCUGGGAGAUCCAGAGAACUUGGACUCGACGACUUCAAGAGAGAACAGAGUCCGUUGCUGGUGUCAGCUGAGGAUGCAGCGGCACCCACAAAGAAGAAAUGUAAUAAUAUAAAAAUGUACACGUGUGAAGUAUGUGGUAAGAUUGAGACCAAGAAAGGCACAAUGACAAGUCACAUGAUAAAGCACACAGGGCUGCUCUUUAGCUGUGAUAUCUGUGGUGAGAAAUUCAAGUGUCGAGACUUCUUGACCAGACACAAGCGCUCCAAUCACUACACAGGGAUCAUCUACAGUUGCUCUGUGUGCGGAAAAACCUUCCGGCAGGCCACAUCUCGCGACACGCAUGAGCGUGGUCACACUGGAAAAAACUAUUGGUGUUCAGACUGUGGCGAGACGUUCAAGGAGCGCCAGGAUCGCGACACACAUGAUUGCAUUGUUUACAAGGGAGACCGGCCCUUCAGCUGCUCAGAGUGCAACGAGGACUUUCAAAGGCAGUACCAUCUCAAACAACACCAGCUGGAAAAACACCCUCUAAUGGUGGACCAGACUGUCCACUAUAAACUCAGAUGCUCUGUGUGUGGAAAAGUGUUCACGCACAUCAAAUGGUUAAUCAGGCAUGAGCGCACUCACAGGGGAAAAAAUGAGCGCAGGGAUAAUGACACACACGAGUCCUUUGUUGAAGAUCCUAUCAACAAACAACUUGAGUCAAAGGACCUAGAGGGUCAGUUUGGGUCAGUUGAGAGUUCUGAGGCACCCAUAAGGAGUGAAAUGAUACGGUACACCUGUGAAAUAUGUGGAAAAACUUGGGCGACUAAAAGUGGCAUGCGCAGUCACCUGGUAAUACACAAAAAGAAGCACUAUACCUGUGAUGUCUGUGGCAAGGUAUUUAGGCUCAAAUCUCUGUUCACAAUGCAUCAGCUCAGACACACUGGAUUUAAAAGUCAGUACCAGCUUGAAAAACACCCUUUAAAGUUGGAGCAGCCAUGUUCUGAUCAUGAUACUGCCAUGGUAGUUCAGGGAGCACAGCCUUCUACUGACAGUGACUUAAAGACAGAUAUGAGUGCCCUAGGUGGUUCAAGUUCAGGUCCCACAGACUAAGUUGAGCAACGAUCACAGUAACUGUCAAAAACGACGUGUUCCUAUAGAAGUCGAGGAAGCACAGCCUACGCCUGCCUGAAAAUGGCUGCUCCCUUUUUGUCCCCACUGAAGAUGACAAGUUAAAUGGCUUCAACUGAAUGAAGUUGUUUUGUAAAGUACAAAACAUUUACACAUGAAUAAAGGGCCAAUGGAGAGUGGGGAAAUAGUGUGUAGAACAGCUACGGGACUGGAAUUAGACGGGAGUGGCAGGGGAUUACAUAUGCGCAGAGAGGGGUGGGCUUCACUGCACAUCGUUCCUCAGGCACCUGGAUUAUCUUUUUAAGCAAUUAUUUGGUUCUAAUCCUCAUGUAAAUUUAUUUUAGGCUGAAUUUUGUUACAUGCAGCUUGGAUUUUUCCUUUCAUGCCAAUAAAACUUAUUUGAAUCUGGAGAGAA